AUGGCCAAACGUCUUUCCAAUAAACAGAAGAAGAAGCUCAGGAAGUUGGUUAUUCAUGAUGACUCAAUGGAUGACGAAGUUGUUUAUGAGUAUCCAAUUCGUGAUGAUCAAAUGGGCCAUUCGUCACCUGUGAGGGAUUCUCCACUCAAGUUGAAUCUCGAGGCGACUGGAAAUCCUGAUGGCUCUUUGGAAACUUCUAAAGUAGACACACCCAUCAAUCCAUGUGAACAAACGAAGACGUUUACUCCUGAGAAGGCUAAAGUCAUACCACCUGAAGUGUCGAAUGUCGAAUUAUUUCAUGAGAAGGUUCGCACUCUAGGAAUCACUGCAAACAUAUCUCAUAUGGACGCAAAUGUCAAUAUGUGUGAGGCAGUCUCGAAUACUGCUAGCCAAGGUAACCCUUCUUUUGUUUUCUCAUCUACCUUUGAAACACCACUUGUUGAUAAAUUGGUUUCUUUACCUCCAUUUAUUCUUCCUACUUCAACCAAAUCACCUACAUCAACUCAUGCACCUACUUUUGAUAAUAUCAUGUCACAACCCAUUACUUCAUUAUUUCCAUCCCAAUCCACUGAAUGUCCCAAAACAGUUAAUGAUGAUGAAACUGGUGAUGGUGGGUUUGUGGGUUCUUUUGAUGUUAUUGAGUUUGAUCCUAAUGAGGAGGACAUUCCUGAUCACAUGCUGAUGUCAGGGAAGCAAUUUAAGAUUCUGAAUCAAAAGCUUAAUUCAUUAUGA